GCAUUCAAGAUGAGCUUGUCAGAAAAUAAUCACCUCUACAAGGGAUGCCUCUGGCAGCAAAGGUCCAUGAUAAAAGCCAGCCCAACUCCUCACUUCCUCAGCCACUUCUCUUGCCUCCUUCUCCUUGGGAACCAGGUGAGUGAACCUCUGCCCCAAGACAUGUCCUGCUACGACCAGUGCCAGCCCUGCCUGCCCUGCCAGCCCUGUGGCCCGACCCCGCUGGCCAACAGCUGCAAUGAGCCUUGUGUCAGGCAGUGCCAGAACUCCAACGUCGUCAUCCAGCCCUCCCCCGUGGUGGUGACCCUGCCCGGCCCCAUCCUCAGCUCCUUCCCACAGAACACCGUUGUGGGCUCGUCCACCUCCGCUGCCAUUGGCAGCAUCCUCAGCUGUGAUGGAGUGCCCAUCACCUCUGGGUGCUGUGACCUCUCCUGUAUCACCAGCCGCUACUGUGGCUGUAGAUGUCCGCCCUGCUAA